UUCUAGUCCAAGUGGUGUGCCGUGUGCCUCAUCUUGCUUGCACGCAGUCAGAAAAGCCGGCCCCCCUCGUGCUCAACAGCUGUACAGUCGUGGACUCUAAUCAGUGGUUGAUGAUUGCAGCGCGUCAGUUGCCGCCGGUUAUUUACCCUGUGCUACUGAGGCCCCUACCAGUUGAGGUAAUCACAGCUGUCAUCACUAUUUUUGGUGAGACGUUUUAGGGCUAACCUCGCGUCGUGGACCAGUUGUCUGUUGCAUGUCUCUCUGCCUUAUUGUGUAACCAUGAGUCUUGAAGGAUACCUGCCCAGAGGCCCAGGCUUUGCUACUGCUGCUAUUCAUGGUGGAAACGACCCGGAGAAAUGGAAUUGCAGAGCAGUGGUACCAGGCAUCUUCACAUCAACCACCUACAAACAAGAUGCCCCAGCUGAACAUAGGGGAUACGAGUAUGCCAGGAGCAACAACCCAACACGGGAGUGUGCUGAAGAAUGCUUGGCAGCUGUUGAAGGAGCCAAGCAUUGUUUGACUUUCUCAUCUGGUCUUGGUGCAACAACAGUCAUUGCAAGUCUUCUAGAUGCAGGGGACCAUAUAGUAGCGAUGGAUGAUCUUUAUGGUGGCACAUUCCGUUACUUUUCGAAGGUUCAUACUCGCAUGGGAGUAAAGAUAACAUUUGUUGAUGCUCGUGAUCCUAGCAAAGUGGAAGCAGCAAUGCAACCAAAUACUAAGAUGGUAUGGAUAGAAACUCCAACGAACCCUUUACUUAAAAUUGCUGACAUUCAAGCUAUCAGCAAAGUUGUCCAUAGCAAGCCUAAUGUAAUUUUGGUGGUUGACAAUACCUUUUCCACGUGCUACAAUCAGAAACCUCUUUUGUUAGGAGCUGAUAUUGUCAUGUAUUCUCUGACCAAAUACAUGAAUGGUCACAGUGAUGUAAUCAUGGGUUCAGCACUAACUAAUGAUGAUGAACUACACAAAAACCUUCGAUUCUUACAGAAUGCAAUGGGUGUGAUACCCGCUCCAUUUGAGUGCUCACAACUCAACCGAAGCUUAAAAACCUUAGCUGUAAGGAUGCAACAGCACAUGAAAAGUGGACUGAUUGUUGGUCAGUUCUUGGAGAAGCACCCUCUUGUUGAGAAAGUAAUUCAUCCUGGUCUGCCUUCUCAUCCCCAACAUGAUUUAGUAAAAAAGCAGUGUUAUGGGGUCAGUGGAAUGCUGUCAUUUUAUUUGAAAGGAGGUCUAUCAGAAAGCAGGAAGUUUCUUAGUUCCCUGAAAGUCUUCACUCUUGCAGAAUCUCUUGGUGGCUAUGAAUCAUUGGCUGAACUUCCAUCUGUCAUGACCCAUGCUUCAGUUCCACCAGAACAGCGAGCUGAGCUUGGUAUAACAGACAAUCUUAUUCGGUUGUCUGUAGGUUUGGAAGAUCCAGAAGACUUGCUUGCUGACCUAGACCAGGCUCUCAAAAGAGCUGUUUCAUCUUAAAUUCAUUUGGAACAUCAUUUUUAAUUAAUUUCAAUGAAAUGUAACAUGUCUAUACUUACACCAAUUUUAACUAAAAUAAAAACUGUCAUAUCCAAAAACA